AUAAACAGACAUUACGAAAAAAUUGUUUGUCGGAAUGGUCAUUAAAAAUAUUUAAAAUUCUCCAAUAAGUUUAAUCGAUAAGAAUAAUGACAAUAGCAAUAUUUUAAAUCAUUUGGACAGCAGAAUAUAAAAAGAAAAUGUUAUAGCACCCUUUCUGGAAUUUUUUUGUGUGUUGACCACAACAUUUCAAACGCCACAAAAUUAUUUCUGUUAUUUUUAACUCAUUUCAAAAUUUUUAUCAAUUUUUUUUUUUUGGUUUAGACAAUCUGCAUGAAGAUGAAGCACGGUUUAUCCAGAAUUUGUACUAAUGUAUUGACUUCCAGUAUUAAGAAUAGUAUGAGGCAACAGCCUCUAUGUGCCACUCAAAUAUUAUGUAUUACACGCUCUGCUUCGUCGAGCUGUAAUGAUGACAAGCUUUUGAAUGCUUUUCGCACCUGCUUGUUCAAACGCUUGAAACAGCAGGAGGUACAGCCUGGAAACAAGGUCUCUAUUAUCGGUUCUGGUGCCGUGGGCAUGGCGUGUGCAGUAGCUCUGCUUUCGAAGGGGAUUACCAACGACAUAGCUCUGUACGAUAUCAAUAAGGAUUUGUGUACUGCCGAGAGUGCGGACUUGGUACACGGCUCAUUAUUUCUAAAUAACUGUAAUGUUGCGAAAUGCUGCGAUAUUGGAUCGACACGGGACUCGAGAGUAGUUGUAGUGACGAGUGGAGUACGCCCGAAAGCCAACGAGAAGCCUUCAGAGGUGGCCCAAAAAACGGCGGAUAUUAUCAAGUGUGUAAUGCCCAGCCUGGUUAAAGAAAGCCCCAAGGCUGUAUUUAUUAUUGUUUCAAAUCCAUCCGAUGUCAUGGCCUGGGUGGCCCAUAAAAUAUCCAAGUUACCCUACGAGCGAUGCAUUAGCACGGGCUGUCAUUUAGACACUGCACGCUUUCGACUGUUUAUUGCGCAGCUUUUGGGCGUGGCAACUAGUUCGGUGAAUGCAUUUGUCCUCGGGGAGAAUGGUGAACGUUCGGUGCCAAUGUGGUCCUCGGUUACGGUGGGGGGUGUGCGGCUAGAGCAACUGGUGCCAAAGAUUGGCACAAGCGAAGAUCCGAUGCAGUGGUGCAAAGUACAUAAGGACGUUGUCGAGGCGGCGGCCAAGGUGAUUGCCCUAAAGGGCUACACGAACUGGGCCAUUGGACAUGCUGUUGCCGAUGUUGUAUCUGCCAUAUUCGAGAACAGCAACCGGAUCUUGUCGUUGUCAACAAAUGCCAAGGGAAUGUGUGGAAUCAAAGACGAUAUAUUCUUAUCGCUACCGUGCAUUGUUAACAAAUGGGGCCUCUUUGGGAUUAUUCGUCCACAUCUAUCGAAAUGGGAGUCAAAUGCGAUGAAGGAAUCGGCCGAGCAGGUAUUGAAGGCUCAAUGUGACAUUAAACUUUAGGUACUUAAAAAAAAAAAAAAAAAAUUAGGGGUUUUGAAAUUGUAUUCAGUAGUUUCCCCUGCUUUCAGUAAAUAAAUUUAUCGUCAGGCUUAGUUAUAAAUGCUAUUUUUUAUUUGGCACAAAAUUGAUUUGCUUUCUGGGCGUUGUCAAAAUGUGGCGAAUUUGCAGCUAUACACAGCUCGAACCAAUUAUAAACGGCUGCAAGCGGUGCCAGCUACCAGUAGAGGUUAACUCGAAUAUUAGAGGCAAGAGCUCCUCAUGCACAGGGCCCUCACAGUCACUUAUUCCAAAGAAGAGCCUUAUUAAGAAGGAACCCAAACAGCGAGAACAAAAAGUGAAAUUCAAAGGCAUUCCACAUUCGAUCGAUAAUCAAUCCGAUUACUAUUUACGCAAUGGAAGCUCCAGUAGGAAGCCACCAGUAAAAGGAGAGUCCCAUACAUACGCGCAGUCAAGUGAGAAAAGUAGUGAAUCCAACUUGAACAAAACUGUAAAAGGGAAUGUCAUUAAAAGGAAUUCGACUGCAGAGAGAAAAUCUAAAAUUGAAAUCAAUAGAUGUCUGCCGCAUAAAUGUAAAUCAGCAAACGAGGCUCGCUCAAGGGAUCCUUUUGAAUCGACAGACGACAAAAAUGAUGAAAAGUUCUAUGAUUGCCAGGACAUAUCUUCACGAAAAAUCGCCCCAUUUUCAGGGCUGGUGUCUAACGAGCUAAAGAGCCAAACAAAAAACAAAUGUCAGCCAUUACAUAGAGCGCUUUCAGAUCAACCAGAGCAACGUAAAGGUUGUUUUUCAUCAAAGCUAAUACGAAAUACUACAAAAAGCGGCAAUGGGUUGGCACAGCACGGCUUCAGCUUGCAUUCUGCUCAUUUGAUAGAGGAACAAGAUCCGCACUGCAUUCAUUGUGAGGCAAAGUCUUGUCCCCAGCGUACGUAUAUGCUCUCGGGGACAUUACGUUGCACAAAAUGUCAUGCCAGAGUGGCAAAUGAUCAGUGGAGUAAGAAUGCUGUGCCGGCUCAAUAUCAAUUGGACUUGAAGAAUAUUUCGGUACCUAUUGUCAAGCGGUCUGCCCAACCAAAUUAUGAGCUUCAGAAUCGAACCCCCUCCGAUUUCUGUCCCGAUAAACGAAGAAAGCACUUAAAUGGUCCCAUCCCCAAAUCAUCUGUCAUGUACCAACCAUUACCCUUACUAGAAGAUGCUCUAAGGAAAUUACGAAACGAUCCUAGUUUUACAUUAAGCGCAAAACCCACAGCACUGCUAAGAGAUCGACUACAAGAAUAUAAUAAAGAAUUAUUUAAUGCUGUACGUGAAUAUGACGGUAUAGCCCAGCCCAAUAGGAGUUCAACAUCAGCUUGUUGGCCUACCCAUCCCAAAAGUUGGAACAAAGAUCAUAUAAUGCAAUGUUUUCGUGAAGAUCAAUCCUCUUUUAAUUUAGCGAAACAGGAGUUGAGAAAUGAGCGGAUUGAAUCAAACGCUGAUUCCUUAUAUUUCAGAGUGAAACAGAAGUCAAGCGAGCUGUGGCCUAUGCAACCACUUAGAAAGAAGUUGAAUAUAGCCGAUCAAUAUUGGAAAUCGGUAAACGAAGUAGAAGACAACAAGUCACCGAAGAUGCCUGACCGAAGGCCAAUGAAAUCGAAACUGAUAAAUAAAUGCGCAAAUGAUAAUAAUGAUAAUAAUUACAACUCCAUUUCCGGCUCUGCAAAUGCGAAUUCUUCUAUGCAUCUGAUGAAGAAUAGCAAUGCUGCAUUCACAAAACCUCAAUUGACUGAUCUCCGCUGCCACAAAUCUAACAGUAUUAAGCGAAUACAAGAUAAUGCGAAGAUGGAAUUGGAUGCAUUAAGUGAUAAUAAUUCUCAGACUCAACAACAGAAGCUGAGUAAAGAAUUUGACGAUUUCAGAUUUGAUGAUCACCAUAGUAUUAGGCUCUAUGUCGACUACAUCAAAUCUGAGAUGAGUCAAAUUGAUAAUAUAAUCAAUAAAUGUAGAAUACUAAAAAGAAAAUAUGGCAUACAGCUGGAAGAUAAUUGUGCGGAAUACCUGCAGCAGAUGUUCAAAAGGAAUAACAAUGUAUUGCAGGAGGUGGGAUCGAUGCUACAUAAAAGGUGCUUGGAUGCUAUCGGAAAUCGAAAAAAUCAGUUCGUAGUCGCCAAACAAAUUAACAUUGAAAAUGUGCUGCCAAGCAAAUUCACGAAGUCCGUAACGAAAAACAAGUGUGAGGACGACUUAGAAAGAGUAGACGAGACAGCAAAAGCAAAUCAUGAAAAGCUGAAAAAACAGACUCAGGCAACCGAAGAAAGUCAAAGGAAUGCUAAGAAAUCGCUAGAUGAUAAGAAAGAGAGUUUACCGAAUCAGUGCAGGAAAACUGAGAAAGAGAAGAAAUUGAACAAAACAGAGAAGGAAUGUGAUGUGGCCGACUUACAGAAUGCACCAGACGGAAAUAUUAAAAUGAAAGCAGAAGUGACUGAAAGAAACCAGGCAGAAACACAAAACGAAGUAGUUGAACUUAAUAAGCAGCUGGAGGAGGAUACAAGGAAAAAGGAGAAGCUCGAGGCCAUGAACACAGAUAAAACGGUUGGUGAUCGGCUAAAAAAAGAUAUAUUAGCUCCCUUUUAUAUGCUCAACGAUGCUCUAAUAUCAACUAUUUUCCAAGGGAAUAAGCUGGACCAGCCUUACGCCAUGAGACGUCUGGAGAGCGAACGCCCAUGGUUAGGUUCACAAAAUCAAAGAGGGUUUACUAAAUCAGUUGGAAUUCUUGAUGCUCUUGGUAUACCGCAUGCCACACGUCUGGAUAGCAUAAACUACAUGUUCGAAUUUCGAAAUCGGUUCAAUCACAGCUGCCAACAACUACAGUUUUCGACAAGCCCCGAAGAAGAUAACCCAGAGCCCGAUGAGGUUAGACAACAAUCAGAGAAAGCAUUGAUAAAUGAAUGGGUAAGUCUCAAUGCUUUAAAAUACUCGUAAGUUCAGUCUCAAGCAGCAGGCUGAAUAAAUUUCUAUCUUGGAACUCUAGAAGCCAACAGAGG